UGGUUCGGUGGUCCAGAAUGCAGGUGCUCUCGGUCUUGUGCGAGUCACGUUUUGUCGAUCUCGUGGGUGGCUUGAGGAAGGCUCAAUGGGUCGUGAGCGGGGGGUGAACGGAUAGCGACAGGUUGAUUAAGGAAAGCGUGCUUGGAAAGAAUGACUGCAGUUAGAUACUGGGCUGCUAUGGGUGAAUCGCGUCCGUGGUCGCCUCGUCGGUCGGCGUGUGUCGUCGUCAGGGAGAGGCUCGACGAAGAGAAUGCGAAUGGAAUGCUGCUCGGCGCUGCCCCCCAACCAACGCCCAAACUAAACCCCCAAAGGAGGCCCGCGAUACGAUCAUCCAACGUCCGUGCCGCAGUAGCGUCGAAUCACGUUGGAGAAGGAAAUUAUGUUUCGCAAACACUCAACGCGCACACGGUAAACACGUCGUGCAUCAAUCAUCACUUCGUCAUCGCUGUUCUUGCUUUGUGCUAUAUACCCAGCAACCGUCAUGUCAAUGUGUCUCUCUGUUUGAUCUUCAAACUCCCGUCUGGCAUGCCUUGCUGGAGCUCCAGCCAUCUGCCUGCCUCUAUGAUGCAUUAUUCGUCAUGUCGUAAAACCACUAGUCAGGGCCCCCUGCAGCCGGCUGUCUCGCGCGUUGUGCCUCGUCUGUGAGCUGUGUUUGCGUGCGUUUGCCCGCUGCCGUCGUUACACACGCCCGAGAUUCCCUCCA